AUGGAGGUGAGCGAGCCAUUGAUUCUAGUACCACUUCUCCCCUCCUUUCCUGCACAAUUUGGGCAGCUUUAUAACCACACCGCCGCCUCUGUGUUGUGUACAAUGCUCCCUGGACUAGGAGAUCUGCAUCUGGCAAACACUGAUGAAGAAGAACAAGAGCAACUGUCAAGUGAUUCUGGUCAUGAACAAGUUGCCUCAAAGUGGGAUAAAAGCGUCGUAUCCCUUGCUCCGUCCGAUGAGGGUGGUUCCGUACAUCCUGCGUGCACGGGCAUAGUUUUCCGUCACGCUAACCCUAGAGCACUUCUAAUGGCUUCGUUAAGCAUGUUUAGAUCUGGUGAUGCUGUUAGAACGAUCAAUUACAACAUGACGAUUAAAGUGCAUCUUCCAGACAAUCAGGUUGUCGAUGGACGUUUGAUAUCCCAUAACUCGUCAUACAAUCUUGCCAUUGUCAGUGUCUUGCCAGAAGCUGGUUGUGUUCGUGCAGCAUGUUUAGAUCAUCAGCAGCAGAUUGAGUCUCGCAGUCAAGUGGUUGCUAUUCGGCGCUGCUUUACCUCAGGAAAAUUAAUGGCCACCGCUGGGAUGAUGUUGGGUGGCGAUCCAUUGGGUGCUUUUGGCCAAGAGGCUGCAGCUGGAGGACUCCUCGUUGAUUCUCUUGGGAACUUGGUUGGAUUGAACUGUCAUGCUAAAGAAGGAAACUCUCCUUUUAUACCAAGGAGUACAAUGCUGGAAUUCGUGGCUGGGUUUCAGAAAGCAUGUGCCAAAAAGAAGGCUAGAUCAGCUGAUUUUAUACGUAGACUUGUCUCGCCAUUGGAGGUCCCCUUGAAAAGAUAUAAAAUGAAAGGAAAAGCAAUCAAGUUGAAAAAAAGGUCCCCAUCUGAUAUGUCCUGCUUAGAAGGCAGCUCAAAGAUGGAAAAGAAAAAGCAGUCUGCAUGUCAUUACUGUGAUCCAGAAGGCCAAUCAGCCCCAGGAGACCGUUUCAGACGUUUAUUCCCUGGUCCUAGUUGGCCGGCUGGUGAUGAUGACGUAUCUAAGGAGGCAGCUAGGAAUAUGAUAAGAUCCAGAGGUUAUCCCUUCCCAGUUUUGAAUGAUUGUGGCAUGCGUUUGCUGUGUAAUUUUGAAGAUGAAUUUGGUGAAGAUGUCUGGAGUAAGCUCACAGAAGAAGUUGCUUCGGAUGUGUCUCAGAAUGUUGUCGCACUGGCUUCAUUCAGUGGAGAUAAAAGGUUUUUCGCUUGCACAGGCAUAGUUAUAGGCUGCAGUGAGUUCACCACAAGAGUCCUGACGUCGGCGAGUUUGGUCAGAAAUUCUGAUGAUCAAGCAAAGGUUGCUGAUAACUUAAAGAUUUAUGUGUGCCUUCCGGAUAAUCAACAUGCCAUGGGCAUGUUGCAACAUUACAAUUUAUGGUACAACAUCGCUGUCAUCAGCAUCAUGGGUUCUCGCCGUACUCGGACAGCACAAAUCUAUGAUCAGCCAAGUGAACUCGAUUGCAAAGAGCUUAUGAUGUCCACUUGUAAAAUCACAAAGGCUGGGAUUGGAGGGCCUCUUAUUGAUUGUCAUGGGAAUUUUAUUGGCAUGGAUUUCUACGGCUUGGAAGAAACUCCAUACCUACCCAGGAAUGUUGUGCUCGAAGUCUUGAGGAGUUUUGAUACAAAUGCUGCUGGUUCUGUUUUGAUGGUGGUCACUGAUCACAUGCACGGGACGCAUAAGCAGAAGACUGCAAGUGCUUUUUGUGCACCACAGCAUUCAAAUUGGAGGGAUGCAUGUGCCUUCAAUAAGACCUGUGUCAUCCUUUUAGUGUUUCUAACUGAAUUUUGA